UAACCAAGUCUACUACCUUUCCGGACCUGCAAAAACCUGAAGGUUACUGCAGUUGUCUGCAUUGUACGGGGAGAAGAGCUACGUAGUGUUUCAGCGAAGGAAUUUUUUUUUAAUUGCCAUGGCUUCCUCAGUGAAAAAAGUACUCAGCACAGAAAAGGCACCACAAGCCAUCGGCCCCUACAGUCAAGGUUUGUUGAUCGACCGAACCCUGUAUGUCUCUGGACAGGUUGGUAGGGAUCCUGCAAGUGGGAAGCUUGUAUCAGGAGGACCGGCAGAAGAAUUUAAGCAGGCUCUUGUAAAUGUGGGAGAAAUUCUCAAAGCUGGAGGCUGUGACUUCAGUAAUGUGGUAAAGACUACUGUUCUACUGGCCGACAUAAAUGACUUCAAUCUUUUUAAUGACGUCUACAAGCAAUUUUUCCAAGGUAGUUUUCCAGCCAGAGCUGCUUACCAAGUUGCUGCUUUGCCUCUCGGAGCUCGUGUGGAAAUUGAAAUGAUAGCUGUGCAGGGGCCACUCACCUGUGUCUGAUUAUAAAAAGAGUUCUCACCUGUUCUGGCAGCAGCAUGUUAGGCUGAACUCACCCUGGUUAUUCAUCUUCUCAUUUUAGCAGCUUUUGUUGAAAAUCCUUAACUUUUAAAAAAAUAGCAUUUCAGUGACUAAAUUUAGAAGUUGUUCCAAGUUAGGGGUAAACACAAAAUUAAAGUCUUAUCACCACUUUGAAUUGCAACACAAACCCUCAUUGUAUUGCAGCAGAGCCAAACAGAAAUAAGGAAUCACCCUUCAAAGAUAUUUUUAUGGUCUAGGAAGAGAUGGCGCUCUGGAGCAGUGUUUAACUAGCUUCAGCCACACACUUUGCCACCUAUCCCUUAAGGGUAAGAAGUUGCUAUAGAACCGAUAACAUAAGACUUCUUCGCUUUUUUUGGUGUCAUCUCUGAUGAAGCCCAUGAACCCUUUAUCGAAGUAAUGUUGGUUACCUACAUUGAUAAUUAAAGGAAAUGCUAAAUUAGAAGUAGAGGUUAAUAAAAAUAAAGAUACGCUUUUCCUCUAUCCAUUUGCACAGAUAUCUUGAAAUGUGUUCAGGAAGCCUUUGGGCCUCAGGUUAAGAAUCCCAUGCACUAGGAAAACUAUGGCAUAGGAUUGGGGAUUGGAAGAACCAGCUCUGACAGUGGGACCUUGAACAAAUCACUAAACCAUAUUUUCCUCAUCUCGAAUUCACUAACCCUUUAGUUUCCUCUUCUCUAAAAGAGGGUUGGAUUAUAUGGUUUCUUAGAUAUCAACUGAAUGUAAAGUCUAGUGUGAGGGAAUAUCUACAGUCUCUUACAUGAAUGAUUUCAUGAUAAAAGCACUUAAGUAAGCACUCCCUUUGUGCCUGGCACUGUGUUAAAUCAAUAAGCCUAUGAUCUAUAAAAUGGAGAUAAUUCCAGACAUGCUUCUGUCACAGUAUAGCCAUGAGGAUCCAGUUAUAUGGCAUUUAAAUUGCCUUGUAAAUUGUGAAGCUCCUUGAACCAGCUUUUAUGAUUAGAAGAUGGAGGAAGUCACUCCUUUCUUCUGGGCAGAUUAGGGAAUGGUGGCCAAAGUAGAACCCCCAGAGUAGUAUACAGAAGUAGGAGAUACUGUCCAAAGACCCACUUAACCGUGUGUGAGUGGCCCAUGUAUUCUGUCUGGGAGACUUUAUUGUUUUUCAGACUCAUCAGAUAUUUCAUCAAAUGAUAUUCAAAUGAUCAAGUAUGGGUGUUGUGUGUGAAGGAGAGAUGGGGAAAAAGAAGUCUGCAGCAAAGGCUGGAAAAGCAAAGACUCCAGAACUGUCAGUCAAGAUGGACAUUCUAUUUAAAAUGGGGACCAGGAAGGACCAUUGAAAAAAAGAAGAGGCAAACUGAAAAACUGGGUCUCUUUGCCUUGAGACAGAAAGGAAGGACAAAAGUCCUGCUCUCUGAUUUCUCUCUGCUGUACUACAGUGACUGAAUUUCAAGACCUGUUAACCAAUUUUCCCAAAUCUGAACUAUAUUACGCCAUCCUCCAACCUAGGAAUUAUUCUAGUAUUAGGGAAACCCCAAACCCUCUUUCCCUCCAUCUUCUUAUCUUUCUCUUAAUCCCAAAUAAACCCCUUAUUUAAUCUUAGAGAAGAGAAACCCUAAUACUCACUCUGAGUUGAUUUUAGAGAGACCAACAGAAGAAUCAACUGGAAGGGGAGGGAGGAAGGGAGGAGAUUGGCAGAUCUGAUCUUGAAUUAUCAUUUCUUACUUAAAUAAUCCCCUAUUAAAGUGUUCAGGUUAGGGUUCAAAAUGUGAAUUUCUUCAUAUCAUCUCUCAUUUAUAUCAUAUCACUUUUGGUACCUAUCUCUGACAAGACAAUGCUAAUUAGAAAAACAAAGCAUAAAAUGUGGACAUAUUUCUCUUCCAAGGAAAUUUAUAAGGAUUUGUGUGAAUGCACAUCUUUUUGGAACAAAAAAUAUCACAUUGAAUUGUAUGCUUUUGGGUUAGGUAAUUAAAACAUUGAAGACUUUCUCACCACCAUCCCUUUUGACCUCUCUGCAGUCCUUGAUACUUAGUCAUCCUCUUUUCCUUAAAGGUUUUCAUGGCACUGCUUUCUCCCAAUUCUCUUCUUGUCUGUCUGAGCAUUCCUUUUUGGUGUCCUUUGCUGGGUUUUUAUCUACUAAUCCAUGUUCAACCCACAGGCACUUUCCUGGGUACUCUCCUCUCUUCCCUCCAUCCAGUCACAUCUAGUCAUUUUGGUAUUUAACUCUCCUUUCUACGCAGAUGACACCCAGAUCCCUAGUCUCUCCCAAUUCCAGUUUUUUGUUAUCAACUGGAUUUUGGACAUCUUAAACUAGUUCUCCAUGGCCAAAAUAGAAUUCAUUAUCUUACCCCCAAACUCUCCCUUCUCCCCAACUUUCCUGUUACUCUUAAAAGCUCUCCCUAUUUGGGUGCCAUCUCUGACUUCUUACCCCAAAUAUCAAAUCUUAUUUUCUGCUUUCACAAUAACUUUUAUGUGUAUGUUUGUGUGUGUGCUAUAUCUACAUACAUACUCAUACAUACAUUUAUAUAUAUAUAUAUAUACAUAUAUACACACACACACUUUCUCCUUCACUCCUAUCAGUCACCCUAGUUCAUGCCCUCAUUAGCUCUUGCCUGAAUUAUUGCAGUAGUCUUCUAAUUAGGCUCCCUGACACAUCUUCCACAUUCUAAAGUAUUCUCCAUUCAGCUGCCAAAGUAACCUUUUCUAAAGUGCAGGCCCCACCUUCCUGGUAUUCUUACACUUUACUCCCCUCUUCAUAAUGGUCCAUGGAACAACACCAGCUUCCAUUUUGCUCCUCAAGGAUAAUCUCCCAAAUCCAUGCCAACCCACAUGCCAGAAAUGUUCUCCCUUCUUGCUUCUCUUCAUUUUUCAAAACUUAGCUCAGGGGUGGCCAGCUGGCUCAAUGGAUAGAGAGCCAGGCCCUGAGAUGGAAUGUUCUUUGGUUCAAGUCUGGCUUCAGACACUUCCUAGCUAUGUGGCCCUGGGCAAGUCACUUAACCCUAGUUGCCUAGCUCUUACUAUUCUUAUGCCAUGGAACUGAGAAAGUGAAAGGAAUACUGACUAUAAUAAUUAUUUGGGUUUACUCAAGCCUUCAUUUUCCAGGGGUUUCUGAUCCAUAACAGUAAUCCUUUGCAACUAUAAGCUAAGUUUGAGAAAUGGGAGCCUACCUACUGAACCCUGCCUUAACUGCACAAACAGGUCCUGGACAGCAAUCCUACCAAUCUUUCCCGAUAAAGGUCAUUCUCUCACCAGGAAGGGCUGUAGAAAUUUCCAGAUAAGAGAACUGUUAUCAUCCUAUCACCUCCUUAAGAUCCCAAAAGUCACUGCUAGGAGUUAUCAAGAAUUUGCUAUUACAUCUGUGCCUCAAGCAAUAAUCUCUUUUUUUCCCUUGUUUUUCUUCCUCAUCUUUUAAAUAAUAAAAACUGGCUAAUUUCAAAAUCUCAAGGGCUCUUCUCCUUAGGAGAGAGGUUCCUGAGAAGAACACAUUAAAAUACCCUUUGCCUCUUC